AUGAGGGCCGAGAAACAAAGUACCAAGGGUGGAGGAGGCUAUGUUGGUGGCAUCUUCCAGCUUUUUGAUUGGAAUGCAAAAUCUCGGAAAAAGUUGGUUUUCAGCAAGUCUAAUUUACCUGCGCAAUUGAAACAGAAGAAGAGAAGUGAUGAGAAUUUGCCAACGACUCAGCUUCAUCUGGUGAUGGAUGAUGAUGAACUUGUAGCUGGGUCAAGUUUCAAAGGGAGCAGUGAUUACAGUUGUGCUUCAUCUGUAACUGAUGAGGAAAUUCCUUGUACUAAGGCCCCCGGGGUAGUUGCCAGGCUUAUGGGAUUGGAUUCCUUACCGAAGCCUAACUUUUCGGAGCCAUACCGUACGCCAUUUUUUGACUCCCAAUCUCUUCCAGAUGCUCAUUAUUAUAGAAAAAACCUUGAAUUUCAUCAUGGGCAUCAAAGCGGGCAAUCUGGCUGUCUGCCCAAUAAGCCGGAUGCCCCUGGUAGAAAUACCAUCAAGCCAAAGCCGCAGAAGACUAUAAGCCGGCCAAUUGAGAAGUUUCAAACUGAAAGUUUGCCUCCUAAAUCAGCUAAAUCAAUUCCAAUUACCCACCAUAAGCUUUUGUCCCCUAUCAAAAGCUCUGGUUUCGUCCCAGCUACGAAUGCAGCUCACAUAAUGGAAUCAGCUGCUAUAAUUAUUGAACUGGGACAUCAGAAAACUACUAAAGCAAAAAGGCCUCUAGUUGGCUCUUCUUCAGUUCCCUUGAGAGUCAAAGAUUUGAAAGAGAAAGUGGAUGCUGUUCAAAAACCAUCCAAGCUUGCUGAAGCUUCUCGAAGGCCAGCUGAUUUCAAUGCUGUUAAAUAUCUUAAGGGUCAAUCACGGAACCAAAGUGUGAAUGGAUCAAUAGAUCCAACAUUCCAGGUUUCGUCUAAUCGAGAAACAUGCUCCUCUGGUCUAAAGAACAAGGAAAGAUCCAUAUCACUAGCACUUCAAGCAAAGGUCAAUGUUCAGAAAAGAGAAGGCUUGAAUACGAGUGGCACNGUUGAUUUCAAUGCUGUUAAAUAUCUUAAGGGUCAAUCACGGAACCAAAGUGUGAAUGGAUCAAUAGAUCCAACAUUCCAGGUUUCUUCUAAUCGAGAAACAUGCUCCUCUGGUCUAAAGAACAAGGAAAGAUCCAUAUCACUUGCACUUCAAGCAAAGGUCAAUGUUCAGAAAAGAGAAGGCUUGAAUACGAGUGGCACAAGAAAUUUGUUUUGCCACCAGGAACUGAAUGAAGUUAUGUCAAGCCAGCUGUUUAAAAGCCAACAAAAUACCCAAAAGAAUUCUCAUGGGAAACCUUCUACCCAUUACACGUCAAGUGUUCUCAGGCAGAAUAAUCAGAAGCAGAACUGCUUAACAGAUAGGGGAACGUUAUCUUCAAAGCCCUUGGCAUGCAACUCGCAAGGUAGAAAAACUUCGUCCGGGGAUUUUGCUUUUAGGAGACACAAAAGCUCUAGUAAAUCUGCAGGGAACACCAAGAUUAUUUCCAGGAAGUCGGGCUUAGAAGUUAUAGAUGGUCUGCAAGAAGUCUCAUGUUCUAAUAGAACCUCUGGCACUCAGAAGAAACGAUCCAUAGAUGGAGAUUUUCACUUAGAGAAAAGUCGGGAUGUUGACAACAUACUGAUUGAUAAAAAUAGGAAGCCAACUAAAACUGAUGAACUUUUGGACUGGGCUGAAGCUAGCAAAAAGAAAGGAAUGGAUGUUGUGUCUUUUACAUUCACAGCACCAAUGACACGGUCAGUACCUGGUCCAGGGACCUGCCGGGAGGUGGUAGAGAAAAGUAAUGAUUUUUGUUCAGAUUAUCGAAGUAAAAAGCUGCUUCUCAACUCAGAUGUUACGAGUAGUCCUAUGUUUUCACGGGGAUAUAACUUGAUAGGAGGUGAUGCAUUAAGCACUCUGUUGGAGCAAAAGCUAAGGGAAUUAGCUCAUGGAGUUGAGUCUUCAAGUCCCAAAGCAUCUGCUUUGAGUUCUCAGAAUUCCAUACCUGCUGACAAACUAGUAGCCACCACGCCAGAGUUACAUGACAAAUGGAGCCAAUACAGGGUACAUACAGAUAAAUUCAGUGGCCAAUUUGGACCUAGGAUUCCAUCAAGUCGGCCCCAGGAGCCCAAAGAGAAUCAUAUGCCUCUGGGAGUUGAAGAAUUUGAAGAGUCUAGCAGCAAGGAUAGCAAUGCCAGAAAGUUGCUCGAGUCUCGAUACCCGAGUCCAAUAUCUGUUCUUGAAUGUUCUUUUUAUGCAGAAAGUUGCAACUCCUCAGAUACUGCAGACACAACCAGUACAGAAGGUAGCAGGCAGUGUACAUCUGUCCAAGCUCAGGAGGUGGUUGAUUUGAGUUCUUCAAGAAAGUUCCACUUAAUCAAAGCUGAUUCAGAGUUAUCAGACUCAGCUUCUUCCGUCCCUGCCCUAGCCGUGGCUGGAAGGCAUGCGACAGUCUUUCCUGUGAAAGAUUCCCUGGGAUCAAUCAAGUGGGAGCUGGAAUAUGUGAAGGAGAUAUUAUCCAGUGUGGCGUUGAUAUUUACGGAUUUUGCAUUGGGUCGGGCUCGUGAGAUCGUUAACCCUCAUCUUUUUCAUCACUUGGAAAGGCGAAAAGUGGUGUUGGACAGCAAUGGGAACAUGCCAAAGCUAAGGCGCAAGGUUUUAUUUGAUUGUGUGAGCGAGUGCCUGGACAUAAGAUGCGGGCGGUAUGUAGGUGGCGGAUGGAGGACACAGGCAAAAGGGUUGUCAGUGGUGAGAAGAAAGGAGAAAUUGGCAGAAGAAGUGUACAAGGAGAUUUCAUGGUGGGAAGGCAUGGGGAACUGUAUGGUAGAUGAGCUUGUAGACAAGGACAUGAGCAGCCACUAUGGAAGAUGGCUUGACUUUGAGGUUGAAGCAUUUGAACUCGGAGUGGAGAUUGAAGGACUGCAUGUGGAUGAGGUUGUGGAGAAGGGUAUGAGCAGCCUGUAUGGAAGAUGGCUCGACUUUGAGGUUGAAGUGUUUGAACUCGGAGUGGAGAUUGAGGGCCAGACACUUAAUUCUUUGCUUGAUGAAGUGGUUGCUGAUAUCUUGCCACUUGAACAGCUUGACUGCCAGGACUGUAUGGUAGAUGAGGUCGUAGACAAGUGUUUAAGCAUUGGAACUAGGGGUGGAGAUUGA